ACCGUGGCGGUGUUUGGAUUCUACAAUACAGACUGAGGUUUAAUUCUUCACCGUUUGGACUUCUGGAAUUUAUACUACAAACUGAAGCCUACAGUAACUUAAGGGGCCGUGGAGCCGAUGCAGAUAGAUGCAGACCCCCAGGAUGAUCAACAGAAUGCUGCAGACAAUAACUAUGUGGUGGACAAUCCAACUCUGGAUUUGGAACAGUAUGCCUCCAGCUAUAGUGGCCUUAUGAGAAUUGAACGAUUGCAGUUUAUUGCUGACCAUUGUCCCCAGCUACGCAUUGAGGCCUUGAAGAUGGCAUUGUCAUUUGUGCAAAGGACGUUUAAUGUGGACAUGUAUGAGGAAAUUCACAGGAAACUCUCAGAUGCAACCAGGGAGCUGCAGAACAUUCCAGAUGCUGUUCCUGAAGGAGGAGUUGAACCACCAUCUCUUGAUAAUGCUUGGGCAGAAGCAACCAGAAAAAAAGCUGCCUUGAAGCUGGAGAAACUUGAUACAGACCUGAAGAACUAUAAGGGAAACUCCAUCAAAGAGAGUAUUAGGAGAGGUCAUGAUGAUUUAGGAGAUCACUACCUAGACUGCGGUGACCUGAGCAAUGCCUUAAAAUGCUACUCUCGAGCCAGAGACUACUGCACAAGCGCAAAACAUGUCAUUAAUAUGUGUCUCAAUGUUAUUAAGGUGAGCGUCUACCUCCAGAACUGGUCACAUGUACUGAGCUAUGUUAGUAAAGCAGAGUCUACGCCUGAAAUUGCAGAGCAAAGGGGAGAGCGAGACAGCCAAAACCAGGCAGUUCUCACGAAGCUCAAAUGUGCUGCAGGACUAGCAGAAUUAUCCAAUCGUAAAUACAAACAAGCAGCAAAGUGUUUCUUGCUGGCCUCCUUUGACCACUGUGAUUUUCCUGAGCUCCUGUCUCCUAGUAAUGUGGCAGUUUAUGGUGGGCUUUGUGCGUUGGCCACCUUUGACAGGCAAGAACUGCAGAGGAAUGUCAUCUCAAGUAGCUCCUUCAAACUGUUCUUGGAGUUGGAACCACAGGUACGGGAUAUAAUCUUUAAGUUUUAUGAGUCCAAAUAUGCUUCUUGCCUGAAGAUGCUGGAUGAAAUGAGGGAUAAUCUGUUGCUGGAUAUGUACCUGGCACCACAUGUGAGAACCCUUUACACACAGAUCAGGAACAGAGCUCUCAUUCAAUACUUUAGCCCCUAUGUUUCAGCAGAUAUGAAUAAAAUGGCCAUCUCCUUUAAUACAACAGUAGGAGCACUAGAAGAUGAGCUGACCCAGUUGAUCCUGGAAGGGUUAAUCAAUGCUAGGAUUGAUUCACACAGCAAGAUUCUUUAUGCCAGAGAUGUCGACCAACGUAGCACAACCUUUGAGAAAUCUUUACAGAUGGGCAAGGAGUUCCAGAGACGAGCAAAAGCCAUGAUUCUGCGUGCAGCAGUUCUACGCAACCAAAUACACAUCAAGUCUCCUCCAAGGGAAGGAAGCCAGGGUGAGCUUACACCAGCUAACAGCCAGACAAGAAUGAGCACGAACAUGUAAAGCAGCUAACGGGGACGCUCGCCAGUAACCCCCACCGAACUUAAUGCGUGUGCAUGUGUGUUUGUGUGAGCACAUGUCUACACUUCCCUGCCUGGUUCUAAUUGCAGACAAACAUUUUAGAUACGACUUUUGGCAGAAUGUAAUUCAUCUACUACUUCCAUCUUUAUCCUCGGUUGAGAAAUGACAAUUCAUAAAAGUGUUUCAGCCUUCCUCCUGAGUGUGAAGCAUCCUUUUCUGAUGCCUUCCCCACAUCUGCAAGGCCCCAAGAUGACUGCAUAUUUUGAUCUGUUCCUUGUUGUUAACAGAAUGUUGCUGCUCUAACCGUUUCCUUGGAUAUAAGACAUUGUGGUUUCUUCCUCAGGGACCUGUCGGGCUGGGUGGGGCCAGUCCAGGAGUGAAAGGAUUCACUUAUCUUUGCUUGCUGGACCUUGUGUGCAUCAACAGAGAGCUAAUUAGGAGUCUAUGUAAAUGUUUUAAUUUUCAUUCCCCUUUGAAGUAGCCUGUAUUACAAAUGGUUCCUUCUACUCCUUGUAAGAAGUCAGUUGGAGUAAAUGACAUCUGAAAACACAUUUCUUAGUUCUUGACUCCUGAAUUCAAAUAAAAAAAGAUGUUGUGCCUUGUGUUAAAUACA